UAAAAAUUAAAUAGCAUAUAAGAGUUGUUUGUGUGAAUAAUAUAUACACGCGUUUCGCAUGCUCUAGUCACAGACACCGACACAGAUCUGUCUUCCGAAGCAGGAACUAAAUAUGGCUGACUUGUUGGAAUGGUCAAAGCAAGAUAAGAAACGAAUGCUUCAUGUCGUCUACCGUGUUGGUGACCUUGAUCGCACCAUCAAAUUUUACACAGAAUGUUUAGGAAUGAAGCUUUUGAGGCAAAGAGAUAUCCCAGAGGAGAAAUAUGCUAAUGCUUUUCUUGGAUUUGGCCCUGAAGAAUCCCAUUUUGUUGUUGAAUUAACAUAUAAUUAUGGGGUUACCUCGUAUGACAUUGGCGAUGGCUUUGGACAUUUUGCAAUUGCAACUCAGGACAUUUAUAAAUUGGUUGAGCACAUCAGGGCCAAGGGUGGAAACAUCACAAGGGAACCUGGUCCAGUUCAAGGUGGAACUACUGUUAUCGCCUUUGUUAAGGAUCCUGAUGGUUAUACUUUUGGACUUAUCCAAAGACCUACAGUCCAUGACCCAUUUUGUCAAGUAAUGCUUCGUGUUGGUGAUUUAGAGCGCUCAAUUAAGUUUUAUGAAAAGGCUUUGGGCAUGAAGGUGGUGAGGAAGGUUGAUAAGCCUGAGUACAAGUACACUAUAGCUAUGCUCGGGUAUGGAGAGGAGCACGAGACAACUGUGUUGGAGUUGACAUAUAACUAUGGUGUGACUGAAUACUCUAAGGGAAAUGCUUAUGCACAGAUUGCCAUUGGUACUGAUGAUGUAUAUAAGAGUGCUGAGGUAGUUAACCAAGUCAUAAAAGAGGUUGGAGGGAAGAUUACUCGGCAACCAGGGCCAAUUCCUGGCCUUAAUACAAAAACCACUUCGUUUUUAGAUCCAGAUGGAUGGAAAACUGUCUUGGUUGACAACGUUGAUUUCUUGGAAGAACUGAAGUGAAGAGCAAGCUUUAUAUGAAAUAAGUAGUCCUGCUGCUUUUGUAUGAAUAAGUUGUCUCGCAUUUUAUCAUUGUGCGUUUUGUAUCAGUACCAGUCAUCAACUUGUUUUCUUGCUUUUAUGGGUUCUUUUGUUGACUUAAAACCGCAAUUGAAACCUCAUUCUGCAUGCUACCUAUGAUUAAUCUACUAGUUUAUCAUAUAUUGAGUCCUGC